CUCUCCUCCCUCAGAGGUCGCAGUCAGUCCUCCUGUCCGUGUGUGUAUCGGCGAGACUCAUGUAGUGUGUGAGGACUGUCUCAAAAGUGUGUACGUUGAGGGGCUUAACUCAAAGCCCCCCCGUGGCCGUCCGCCCUGAGAGCGAACGGAGGCUGUCGAUUUCCCCCAGAGACUCCAAUGCAGAUGGUGUGAGCAGUGAGGGGAAAAGUUUAUGACAGCUCUGCUGUUUUCGGUUCACGGCUGCCCCAUGGAGCUUUCUGAUUUUACGGUCGCAGCUAUAGACUUUUUACCGGGCUGUUUGAGUCAGUAAUGCACUUGUGUUGGACAGAGUCACGUUCGAGACUGAAUCUUGGAUCACAGUGAGUCACGUUGAGGACAGAGUCACGCAGUGGAUUUGUUUGGGGUUUUACUGGAUCUUUUUCACUGCAUUUCUGUGGACGUUCUCUGGAUAGCAAUAUUUAAGGAAGAUCUUCGGUUUUGGUCAUGGAAGAGCAGGCUGGAAGCGCGGGCAACAGCCCUCAACACGGCCGCGGAUCGGCCAGGCAGGACGUUCUCCGCUGCGGUUGGCUCCGGAAACAAGGAGGCUUCGUGAAGACCUGGCACACACGCUGGUUCGUCCUGCGAGGAGACCAGCUGUACUACUACAAAGACGAAGACGAGACCAAAGCUUUGGGCACCAUUUUCCUACCUGGCAACAGAGUCACCGAACAUCCCAGCAAUGGGGAGGAAGGCGGAAAGUUCCUAUUUGAAGUCAUCCCAGGGGGUGACAGGGAGCGAAUGACAUCCAACCAUGAGACUUAUCUACUUAUGGCCAGCACACAGAAUGACAUGGAGGAUUGGGUGAAGAGCAUCCGCAGGGUCAUAUGGGCUCCGUUUGGAGGAGGGAUUUUUGGUCAGAAGUUGGAAGAGACUGUUCGCUAUGAACGUCGUUUUGGCAACAAGAUGGCACCCAUGCUGGUGGAGCAGUGCGUGGACUUCAUCCGCCGCUGGGGUCUACGAGAAGAAGGGCUCUUCCGUUUGCCUGGACAAGCCAACCUCGUCAAAGAGCUUCAAGAUGCUUUUGACUGUGGAGAGAAGCCGUCUUUUGAUUGUAACACAGACGUUCACACCGUGGCAUCCUUGUUGAAGCUGUACUUGAGAGAGCUGCCUGAGCCGGUCAUCCCGUUCUGUAAAUAUGAAGAGUUUCUGGCCUGCACCAAACUUCUCAGCAAAGACCAGGAUGCAGGAAUGAAGGAAUUAAGAAGGCAAGUAGAAAGUCUACCUCUGGUAAACUACAAUCUGCUUAAAUACAUAUGCAAGUUUUUGGAUGAAGUUCAGUCCUACUCAGGUGUCAAUAAAAUGAGUGUACAGAAUCUGGCUACAGUCUUUGGGCCAAAUAUUCUGAGGCCAAAGGUUGAGGACCCAGUAACUAUAAUGGAAGGCACAGUACUGGUCCAGCAAUUAAUGGCUGUUUUGAUUGGCCGACAUGAUGUUCUUUUCCCACCCGAUGAGGACCACACUAGCACUCUGGAACUGGUUAAUAAUAACAAUAACGACACACAGAAACGGCCUACGAAUGGUCAGAUACAAAACAAAGAGAACAAUAACACCAGUGGGGUGCGACAGUGCACUUGGGACGCACCCGAAUCACCCAGCCGUGCUCCUCUGGACAAUGGCUCACCCCGUUCGGGCAGCCCACGUAACGGUUUUACGGGACAGCGUUUCGAGGUUGCCCGCAGUCCCCCGCUAGCUGUGAAAAAGAACCCGGCGUUUAGCAAAGGCAGUGGGAUUGUCACCAACGGAUCGUUCAGCUCAUCAUCGUCAUCCUCCGGUGACGCCAAUCAGGAGAAAACUCAGACUCUACCAAACAUGGGAACCCUUCAUGCCCGUCGGACGGGUGCGAUUAAAGGCUCGGGAACCAAAAUGGGCGUCCAGAAUGGAGUCGUUCGCAUGGGCGUAUCCAGCACGGAUGUGACUAACGGGACUAUAAAUGCACGGAACGGACUCUGGGUGCCCAACGGUCACGUCACGAUGCGUGAGGCUAAAAGUCGAGACGUCGAGCACCAGCAGAACCGCCUGUCCACGUACGACAACGUCCACAUCCAUCAGCAGCAGACGAUACAGCCCAGUCUGAGCAGCAGCUGUGAGGACAAACAGAGCGUGGAUAGCGCCACAUGGUCCACCUCUUCUUGCGAGAUCUCUCUACCCGAAAACUCGACUUCUUGCCGCUCCUCCACCACCACGUGCCCAGAGCAGGACUUUUUUGGAAAUAACUUUGAGGAUCCUUUGUUGGACGGGCCGGUGCAGGAGGACAACGCACUGGCGGUGGACGAUAGGGAGCAGCGGACCAGUAACGGAGGAGGACGGGGAAGCAGAGGAACCAGCAGCAGCGAUAACAGCGAGACGUUUGCCAUCACAAAUGGGCCGACCAAUCACAGUGCACUGCACAGCCUGGUGUCCAGUCUCAAACAGGAAAUGCUCAAGCAGAAGAACGAAUACGAGGCCAGGAUUAAGAGUCUGGAACUUCGGAAUCUAGAAUUGGAGACGGUGAUGGCGAAUCUACACGAAGAGCUUGACCAGGAGAAGAAGAAAUACACCAUGGUGGAGAUCAAGCUAAGAAACGCAGAACGAGCCAAGGACGAUGCGGAAAAGAGAAACGAGAUGUUGCAGAAAGAGAUGGAGCAGUUCUUUUCCACCUUCGGAGACCUGACCGCAGACCCGCGACGGCCCGACAGAGCCAACACCAUCUGGAUCCAGUGAGCCGUUAACGGUCCAUCAUUAACAUUACUCAACAACCAAUCGUGUUACAUUGUGUGGGCUUGCGUUCAGACCUUUCAUGGCAUCUUUGCACAUUUGGUGCAAAGGUUCAACACAGCUGAGCAAAGCCCAUUGAGCCAAAAUUUUAGAACUGAACGUGGACCAGUUGGACUCAUGAAGAGGGAUGAUGGACGAUGCAGAGUGGAUAUUAAGAUGAUAUUAAGAUGUGAAGGUGAGAUGAUUGUCAAACCAAAAGAAGGUGAAUCUGACUCUAAAUAAUGACCUGAGAGUGAACGAUAAGAGGAACUUGAGCUUGAAUGUGACAGAAUGAAUGAAUGGGAAACGCCUGAAGGACGACAGAAGCACGAAUGUCACUCGUAUUUCUUCUUGUGAUCCAACCAAAUGUGUCCUUGAGCUGUUAUGUGUCCUCUUGUGUAUAUAAAGCAGAAACCAUGUUGAAAAUUCCACGAUGAGAAACAAAUGUCUGUAUAAAUGCAAAUUAAUGUUUAAUGUAUGUACUGAUAUUUAAACGGAGAAUUCUCAAUGUGUUACAUUUAAAUUUUAUAUCAAGGCUUUUCCUUGCACUUAAAGCAUAUGAGUUGCUAUGUUGUUUUUCAGUAUGGUACGAUAUGAGAUGUGGCAAAUAUUUCAAUAUCAGUCUUCCCUGUUGCUUUUUUGCAUAAUUUAUCACAGCAAAUGAAACAUUUUCUUCAUCAGUAUUAAAAAUAAUAUUUUUCAAGCAUAAAUCGAACAGUUUAGGGUGGGUUUGCUUAAGACAAUGUUACAAAAUUGCCCAAUGGAGUAAAAAAAAUGACAGAAAUACUGAUGAAGAACCUGAUUUUUUUGCAGUGCCACUGCGUUCCCCACAUGACCAAAACCAAGUAGACAAGUAAACCUGUACAUACUUGUGAAAACAGGGCAAACGCUCAGCCUGUCUUUGUCAUUUGUGCCUGUCGCACAUCAUUUGCUUUCAGCGGUGCUAGACGGGAGGAAGUCUGUUAAAAUGAAGACUCGUAUGAGGUUUGUUCAUCUCUCGGUACAUGUGGGGUCAUUUGCCUUGUCGCAGCUGUCCAUGCUUCUACUGUAGCUUGAUGCAUUCGGUGAAAUGCAAUGAAAUUAAAUUAUGUGACCUCAUUUA